ACCCGAUCUCUUUGACCUCUCUCUCUCUGUCGCCGCCGGCCGAGGAAGAAUACUUCUUGCCCCAAUCUCUCGUUUUCUCCUUCCUCUCUCCUUCUUUUUUCAUACAGUCAAACGAGAGAGAGAGAGAGAGAGAGAGAGAGAAUAGUUAAGAGGAAAUCGAGAGGGGGAGGGGGAGGAGAUUUCGAAGCUUUUUCGACAGGAAAAAUCCUUUCCCUUUUGUUGUUGUUUAUAGAGGGAUUGGAGGCAAAGGAUUAGAUCUCAACUCUCUCGCUCGGAGCCGGUCUUCUCUCUUUCUUUCUCUUAGGGUUGUUUUUGCGCGGCGGGAUGAUGAAUAAUUCGGGCGCUUCGGCGGCCGGCUCGAGCUCGGGAUCGGGGGAAGGGUCGGCCCCCAGGAGGAAUUCCAAGAGGCCUAAGUAUUCGAGGUUUACACAGCAAGAACUUCCAGCUUGCAAGCCGAUCCUCACUCCCCGAUGGGUGAUUUCGGUAUUUACACUUGUUGGCAUCAUCUUUGUCCCCAUAGGCGUUGUUUCGCUCAUGGCUUCCCAUCAUGUCGUGGAAAUUGUUGAUCGGUAUGACAGUGCAUGCAUACCACCGAACAUGACUAAUGAUAAGGUUGGCUACAUACAGAAUGCAGCGAUAAAAAAAACUUGCACCAGAACUCUUAAGGUGCCCAAGGAUAUGGAUCGGCCUGUUUAUGUGUACUAUCAACUUGAUAACUUCUACCAGAACCAUAGGAGGUAUGUGAAGAGCCGAAAUGAUGAACAGUUGAGGUCAAAGGACAAGGCAAAUGAUACUAGUAAUUGUGAUCCUGAAGCGACCACACACAAUGGUGCUUCAAUUCUUCCUUGUGGCCUCAUAGCCUGGAGUUUGUUUAAUGAUACUUACAACUUCAUCCGUGGCAAUGAAAAUAUAACGGUGAAUAAGAAGGACAUUUCCUGGAAGAGCGACAGAGACCACAAGUUUGGAAAGGAUGUCUAUCCUAAAAACUUCCAGAAUGGAACUCUAAUAGGUGGUGCAAAACUCGAUCCAAACAAAUCUUUAAGCGAGCAGGAGGACCUCAUUGUUUGGAUGCGUACUGCAGCCCUUCCAACAUUCAGAAAGUUGUACGGGAGGAUAGAAGUGGACCUUAAAGCUAAUGAUACCAUAACGGUGACAUUAGAGAACAAUUACAACACUUAUAGUUUCAGUGGUAAAAAGAAACUGGUGCUUUCUACCACAAGCUGGCUUGGAGGAAAGAAUAACUUCCUUGGCAUUGCAUAUCUCACUGUUGGAGGAUUAUGCUUCUUUCUGGCAACUGCAUUCACUGUUGUAUACUUGAUAAAACCAAGGAAACUUGGUGAUCCUUCAUAUUUGUCAUGGAACAGAAAUCCUCUAGGCCAUUAAUGUCUCAGAUUUGUGAUAUUAUCAGAUGCCCUGCCUCAUAUUUUGAAAACCUGUACUCUGAUCUACGAACAAUGUAUAUGAGUUACUACGGCUAUGUGCCUCCUAAUGGGGAAUGGAUUUGUGUGGAAACUAGUUCUCACGAUGUAUGUAUAAUUAGUUUAAAGAAUUUAUACAUCUUCAUUCUUUCCGUGCAAAAAAUAUCUUUAUAGAA